AUGGGUUCAACCAGCUUUACCAAUCCCUAUGCGAUUGAGGUGAUUCGGACAAAGAAAAAUGAGCUGGUUAGUGGAAUUUCCAAUCCAGAGGAUUUGCUGGACCUCCUCAUUGCAAAUGGAGUUCUUCAACCUGACAGUCGAUCCCUGAUGUCUAGCAUCACAGCACGAGAGGAGAAGAACUCCAGGAUGUUAAACAUCUUGAUCUCAAGAGGAGAGCGUGCCUGCCGCAUCUUCUUCUACCCUUGUCUAAAAAAAGUGGAACCUGACCUUUAUCAGCACAUGAGAACUUAUGUGGGUGGGGUUAAUGAGGGCAUUAAAGAUGCCCGGAGGCAGCUAAUUGGAUAUCUGCUGGAGAAAGACAAGCAAGGUCUUGUUAAAUACUCAAAACCAAACCGAGAACUCAACCCUGAGAGAAGUCAUCCGAAGGCUAUAACGAAUGAGGCAACGUCUUCCAUUGAAUCUCCCCCCCAUAUCCCCAAACCUGUAAAUGAUCAUGAUGCCAUCCUCAAAGGUGUAUCCACAGGUGAUCUCUAUCUGCUGCAGGACCUUAUCAAAGAUAUGGAUGUCAAUGGUGCUCACUCUUCAGGUGAUACCCUUCUACACUCUGCUGCUGAAUACGGCAAAGAGGCCAUUGUAUACUUUCUUCUCAGACAGGGGGCAAAACUGACCUUAAAGGACAGGGAGGGCCGUACUGCCCUACACAGAGCUUCAGAAAGGGGACACACUGCUGUUGCUCUGGCCCUUGCAAAAGCUGGGGCUGAUAUCCAUGCUAAAGACCAAGCUUCAAAGACUCCCAUGCAUCUGGCUGCACAAAAAGGACAUGAGAGAACGGUCAAAGCUUUAGUGCAUGAGGAGAAGAAAAACGUCCAGAAUCAGACAACGGUUCUACACAUGGCUGCCAUACAGGACGACGCAACAUUGGCAGAGGCUCUUCUGCGUAAUGGAGCUUUAGUAGAUACAAGAGAUAGCCUAAGGAAGACGGCACUCUAUCACGCAGUUAGCCACGGAAAUGAGAAAACCACUGCUGUGUUGUUGAAGGCUGGAGCCCAGGUGGAUUCUGUGAUCGUGGAUGCUGCCUUUGAGCUUAACAGGAAGUCAGUGUUGUCUCUGUUUUUGCAGUAUGUCCAGAAAUCUAUGUCUCAGAAUGACAUAAACUCAGCUCUUUUUAAAGCGGUACAGAGGAACUCUGACAGGGUUGUAGCUGCGCUUGUUGAUCAUGGUGCAGAUGUUAAUAGUUGUAAUGAGUUUGGAUACACACCUAUGCUUCUAGCCGCAGAGCUGGGAAACAUAGAGACCUUCAAAGUGCUGGUCGCAAAAAAGGCCAGACUGGACGAGAGACUGCCAAACCAGAUCUCUGGUCUUCACCUGGCUAUUCAGAGUGGCAGCUUGCAAAUAGCUCAGAUAUUACUGGAUAAGGGCAUAGACCCCAAUAUCAAUGGCCCUAAGGACCAGACCCCUCUGCAUCUAAGUGCAUCACAUAACCAGCCAGCUUUGAUGGCGCUUUUGCUGCGUAUGGGGGCUCAAAUUAACUCUGUCACCCAGGAUGGGCUCACCGCCCUGCACUUUGCAAGCCAGAGUGGCAACACAGAAGCUGUCACCCAACUUCUGGAGAGCAAGGCUGACAUUCAUGUCAAAGACAAACAGGGAAGAUCAGCCCUGCACUGGGCAGCUUCACAUGGUGGGGUGGGCAUCAUACAGCUGCUGAUCGCAGCUGGGAGUGAUGCCAGUGUGACUGAGAAAGAGAAAAAGACUCCGCUACACCUAGCUGCAAUGGAAGGACACACGGAGGCAGUUUCAGCCCUGCUGGCCAGUAAAGCAAAAGUUAGAGCAAAGGACAUGGAUGGCUUUUCCCCACUGCAUUACGCUGCUAGAAACGGGAAGGAGAGAACAGCCACUGUUCUUCUUGCAUCUGCUAAGAGCAAGAAUGUAGAUGAUAAGAAUGUGUGGAGGAGGACUCCUCUACAUUUAGCCGCAGAGCAUGGGCACGAGCUGCUGGUGGAUCUUCUACUGGAGAAGGGUGCCAAGAUCAACGCCCUGGAUAACAAUAAAGAUACUUCGUUGCACUGCGCAUGUCGUGCUGGACAUGUGGGAGCAGUGCUGAGACUGGUGAACUGGAUGCAGGGAGAGCGAGCGAACCUACAGACAAAAAAUAAUGUGAAUAAAACGGCCCUCCAAGUAGCAGAGGCAGGAGAUACACAGGCCCACCAGAACAUAAGCACCCUGUUAAAGAAGAAGAUGUUCAUUGUUAAAUAAAAAUCACUAAACAGGUAGAACGCCUAUGGGAUAACAUGUUUACAGGUUGUAUGUAUUUCUUUGAAUUUAAUUCUACUGAAUAUUACUAUUCAGCAUCUCGUACGCUACAUCAAUUUAAAUUCAAUUCAAAUUCAGGAAUCCAAUUUUUUUUAAAACAUGCUGAAUGUUGUAGAACCCUGCUACUAAUAAACAAUGUUACCAU